AAGAGGGAUGGAUAGAGACUAGAGAGAGAGAGAGACAGAGAGAGAGAGAGAGAGAGAGAAACAAUUUUCCCGACCAGAUCCCGCCAUAGUUUUUCCUACUCUUCCACCAUAGACCCAUCACCAAAUCCACCCAGUCCAACCCACCUCCUCCACAGAGCGAAAGAGAGGCUGUAGGCUGCUGCUUUAUUCUUCUGCUGGGGCCGACUGCAAGUCUUCCUCUGCUCCACUUAUUCAGCUGGAUUUACAGCGAAAUUCAACCUUGGCGACUGUUUCUUACACUUUUCACUUUUGUUUUUCUUUUAGUUUGCUGCUAAGAAUUAACACGUGUUUUGAUUAGUUUUCCUUUAAGAUCUUCUUUUUUCUUUUUAGAUAUUCUUGCCCUCUAGCGCGAUUCCCACUUUCAGGUUGGCGAGUGUGACAAUAUCUUGUUGCGCUAUUAGCAAAUUCAGGAGUGAAACUUUUGCGCUGGCUUCAAUUUUAGUUAUUUAGGGCUUUGUUUUGUUAUUGUUGUUUUUGGACUUGAGAAAAACAGUUUCCACCAUGCACAAGCUAUACAUUGGGAAUCUAGGCGACAGCGUGACUGCCGAGGACUUGGGAAAAACCUUUGACGACCACAAGAUCCCCUACUCCGGACAGUUUCUAAUGAAAACCGGCUAUGCGUUUGUGGAUUGUCCGGACGAUCAGUGGGCUAUGAAGGCUAUCGAGACGUUUUCUGGUAAAGUGGAACUUCAUGGGAAAUGUAUUGAGGUGGAGCACUCCGUUCCCAAGAAGCAAAGGACCAGGAAACUGCAGAUAAGAAAUAUUCCACCUCACCUGCAGUGGGAGGUGCUGGAUGGUCUGUUGGCCCAGUGUGGAACCGUAGAGAACUGUGAACAAGUGAACACGGACAGUGAGACAGCAGUGGUUAAUGUCACAUAUGCAUCCCGGGAACAUGCCAGGCAAGCCAUCCAGAAGCUGAAUGGAUACCAGUUUGAGAACAAUGCCCUGCGUGUCUCCUACAUCCCUGAUGAGACCUGCGAGCUAGAGGGAGGUCAGCGGGGUCCUGAUAAUGGCCGGCGUGGUUUUGGGCCCAGGAGUGGGCCUCGAAGUGGGUCCCCAAGCUCUGGAAUACCCUCCAAACCUGUGCACCCUGACAUCCCUCUGAGACUGCUGGUACCCACACAGUAUGUUGGAGCCAUCAUCGGCAAGGAAGGAGCCACUAUUCGCAACAUCACCAAGCAGACGCAGAGCAAGAUUGACGUACACCGCAAGGAGAAUGCAGGUGCUGCUGAGAAGCCAAUCAGCAUCCACUCAACCCCUGAAGGCUGCUCAGCCGCCUGUCGCAUGAUCCUAGACAUAAUGCACCAGGAGGCGAAAGACACCAAGACUGCUGAUGAAGUUCCUCUAAAGAUUCUGGCUCACAACAACUUUGUCGGACGCCUGAUCGGGAAGGAAGGACGCAACCUGAAAAAAGUCGAACAGGACACAGACACCAAGAUCACCAUCUCCCCUCUUCAGGACUUGACACUGUACAAUCCUGAGAGAACUAUCACAGUCAAAGGCUCAAUCGAAGCCUGCUGUCGGGCAGAGGUGGAGGUCACCAAGAAGCUCAGAGAGGCCUACGAGAACGAUAUUGCUGCUAUGAAUCAACAGACCCAUCUGAUCCCUGGGCUCAACCUGGGGGCUCUGGGCCUCUUCCCCUCCUCCUCCAACAUGCCCCCACCCCCACCUGGAAACGCGUCCGCUGGUGCCCCCUAUGGUUGCUUCGGGGCUCCAGAGCAAGAGACAGUCCAUGUGUAUAUCCCAGCACAGGCAGUGGGAGCCAUCAUUGGAAAGAAAGGACAGCACAUCAAACAGCUGAGCCGCUUCGCUGGAGCCUCCAUUAAGAUUGCCCCAGCUGAAACUCCAGAUUCAAAAAUGAGGAUGGUGAUUGUAACAGGACCCCCUGAAGCUCAGUUUAAGGCUCAGGGAAGAAUCUAUGGCAAACUGAAGGAGGAGAAUUUCUUUGGGCCAAAAGAGGAAGUCAAACUGGAAACUCACAUUAAGAUGGCCGCUGCUGCUGCAGGAAGAGUCAUUGGCAAAGGAGGCAAGACGGUGAAUGAGCUGCAGAACCUGACAGCGGCAGAGGUGGUGGUCCCCCGGGAACAGACCCCUGAUGAAAAUGACCAGGUCAUCGUUAAGAUCAAUGGACACUUUUAUGCCAGCCAGCUGGCUCAGAGGAAGAUCCGGGACAUACUGACCCAGGUCAGACAGCCUCAGAAAGGUGGUAUAUGCAUGGGCCCCGGCCCGAAUCCCCAGGGCUUCACAGAGAUGGGCAGCCCUACGCAGAGUCUGACUCAGGACCACCAGCCACGCAGGAAGUGAGGGUCCCACACCCUCCUCACAUGCCGUGGGGCCUCUACCUGACGGACAGACAGACACAUGCACGGACAGAUAGACAGACGGACAGACGGACAGACGGAUACAGGAGAGCUACACACGGACCCAGCGAUAAACAGGGAGAGAUGUAAAGAGGGAGGGAGUAUGCCCAAUAGCCAGAGAGAAAGAUCAUUCUUUAAGAAGAAAGAGAGAAGAUGAAUAAAUCAAAAGAUGAAAUGAAUACAAAAAGAAGAUAAAGAUAAAACAAAACUUGAGAAUAGAAACCAGAUGCCAGGCCAGAAGAAAGACUGACUGAGGAUGGAGGGAUGAAGGAAAGGAGGGAUGGAAAGAGGGAGGGGCGGUGUCCUCCUAGUGUGCCUUGGUAGGGCUGCAGCCAGCUCCUCAUCUGCUGCAGCUUCAACACAUCCUGCAUCAGACAGGUUCAAACAACACAAAGACAUUACUCUCCUUGUAAGGUUGAAGCCUUACCACUGUUGUUUACACAUGUCCACAUGGGUUCACAUGUGCUGCAGAGACAAGUCUUUGUUCCGUGAGACACACUAGCAGGGGCCCGUUUGUUCCUCUGUCGCCCCCUACAGACCUCUCUCACCAUCAGCACUCAGUCCUAUAUUUUAAGGGUGUUUUUUAAAAACAUAGAGAUAUAUGUAUAGAAAUGUUUUAUUCAGAGCUAUUAUUGAUAGAAUGCAAUGAGGCAGAGCUGGGAGAGGGAGCAGGGAAACUGCUGCAGUGGCGGAGGGAGGGUUGGGUGAUAGACCUUGCAUUAACCCCACCCACCCCUAACCUCCUAGCCAAUGAAAGUCUACAAGAGGGGCCGCAGAUGUUAACACUGCUCUUAAAAGACCUCUCCGAAAAGGGGAGAAUUUUGAAGAAAAAAAGGAAAAAAGGAGAAAUGAUGAGGUUGUAAAUAUAUAAUCUUCAUGUAAAUGUUAAGAAAUGCUGUGUCUGGCCACCUUGCCUUUUUUAAAAGGGGUCUUCUGUAUAUUUCCCAGUCCCUUGUCUAUGAUAUGUAGCAUAACGUAGCCUACAACGAGGCUGGGGGCUGCGGAGGCACUGAGGCUCUUCCACGUUUAGCCGUGUGGCGGAAGGCACAGCAAGAGACAGUAAGGGGAGCGGAGGCCGCAGCUGGUCCUGCAGUUCUAUUGCAGCGGCUUAGCUCACACAUGUGAAUACGUUAUGAAACAACUUGAUAGAAGCAGCCAGCAGCUAUGCUAGCUGGCUAGCGGCCCGCACCUUAAACGGCAUAUUUUAUAUAUAUUAUAUAUAUAUGAUAUGUGAGUUAGCCCGGCCCCUUUGGGGAAUGUAUUAAGGGCAGUGAAUCAGGUGUGAGGUUUUGCUACACCUGUAUGAAUAAGUUUGGUAAUGACAGACAGACAAAGUGUGUCUGAGACUUUCUGCUCAUCGCCUUCUUUCAGCGCUGAAUACUUGAGACCAGACUUGGACAGGAUGGCUUUCUCCUCAGAGGAGCUGGGGUCCUUAAGGCCAUCCAUGCAUUGAAGUCAUCUUUAUUCAUUCGGACAACAAAUGAAUGCUGUAAUGCUUGUAUCAAUAUAAGGAUGUGAAAGACAGGCCUUGUCCCAGCGCCAAGUCUUCCAAAGCUCCUUGCCUUGAGCUUAGAGAAGGUAAAAUCUGACUGAAGUGGGGCAGCUUCCUUGUCCUCUCUCCCAAUCUGCCAAAGGCCUGUGGGUGGAGCCUCCAGACCCUGCCUGCAUAUGAUAAUGAGGGGCGGGGUCUAUGCCUGGACACUCUCACCAAGAUUAGAACAGAUUAGAGAAGAGAUGAAAAAGAAAAAACCUACCUCAGGGUAAAGUUACCUCAGUAUUCCUAACUCUUUUUUUUUGCUUGCUGGUGUUUUAUAUGAGAAGAAAAUGAAAGAGCUGAUAGUCCUCAAUAUUUUUUAUUUUUUUAAAGAAAAAAAGUAUUUUGGGUUUUUUUAUUAGGUAUUGUCUUGUUGCUUGUUUUUUUUUCUGUUUUUUUUUUGUUGUUUUUGAUGAUGGUUGAAUGAGCUCAGGAUGACAGUGUGUUUUUUCACGGCAGAGAGAGAUAAACUGCUGCUCUAGAGAGGAAAUGGGUCAAGUGCCAUUUUGCCUUUUUUAGGUGAGAAACAUGCUGUCUGUCUUCCUGAAGUGUGAUUGGAGCAGCUGUUGUCUAAAAUACUGGCCAAUGGGGAAAGGUGUUAACUCGAGAGGGGGUCCUACAGUGCACACGGUGAGCAGGCAAGCCACUGGAUGCUGGAUUUACUGACCUAAUGUCAUCAGAGGGGGUGAUACUAAUCAUUCUUCUGCAGGUCACAUAAUGUCGCUGUGACUGGCCAUUAUCAUUGCUACUGGCCAGCCCUGUGUCCUGAAGGAUCUCCCUCUCCUGCCUUAUUGUGAUGACAUAAUCACGAAGUAUCAAAAAUUGUGGGAGGGCUUUAAGUGUUGAGGAAAUUAAGUUUCUCAGCCACAAAGAAGACACGAGAGUGAGCUUUGAAAAGAAAACUACACCUGCAAAAUGACCAUUUGCAUAAUGAUAACUCACUGUGUGUUAGGUUGAAAUCGUGGGAAAAAAAAAAAGGUUUUCUCACAUCCCUCCACAGUUACAAAGAAUCCAAGAAAGGCAAACAUUCUUCAUGACUUGAAGUCAUUGGGAUCACAAUUAACAACAGCAAAACUUUAUCAAACAUCAGUUUACAAACUCUCACACAACUUGUGCAAUAUAAUCCAUGUGUCAUUUAUCUAGUCAUAUGCUCAGUACUUCACAAACACAUGCAUUUUCACUAAAAAUGUUACAUUUUAAAACACUUCCACCUAUGAGUAGCACGCCCUGACCGGCUUGAGCAUGUUACUCGGCCAUGCAUGAGACUGUUUGUACUGACUUAUUUUAAAUCGUAAUAUUUUAGUGAAAAAUCAUGUUUGUGCAACGUAUUCUAGUAAAAUGGUUCAUAUGAUAUCCUACAAAAAAUGCAUGCACAACAAUUCGUAUAAUAUCCUACAAAUUAGCGCCCCAUAAAUGGCGUUGCAUCCUUCAUAUGUAGUUAUGUAAUUAAAGUAAAGUUAAGUUUACGCAAGUAAAGUUACUGUGGUUACUUUUAAAAUGAAACAUGACAAGGACAUACCUUAGAAUGAAUCAAAGUUAACACAGUUCCGGACACACGACUCCAGGGGAAAGUCCAUCUUCACCCAUGCACCAACCCAACCUACCACCUUACAAGACCACUCAGGACUGAGGUACUUACCUAUUUACUCCAGUCAGCACAUUGGUCACAUGAUCGCAGCCUUUCAAAAUGCGUGGGAUGUAUGUAUGAUUUUGGAUAUGAAUGUAUGUAUGAAUUUGGGUACAUUAAUUUUGUAGGAGAACAGCCUGGUUUGUGUAGUACUGAUCAUGGACGAAUGAGUCUUGUAUUAUGCUGGACAAGUUGUGUGAGGUUUUAAACUGAUUUUCUGAUAUAGUUUUGUUGUGUGGCCCCAUUUACUUCAGUUAAUCAGAACCGUGUGCUUUUGAUUCUUCGUCCGCUGUGGAGGCAUGUGGGUAGAAUUACGUUUUCUUGACAAAUUCAAGGCAACACACAGUGAGUUAUUAUAUACACAUGGUCAUUUUGUAGGUGAAGUAUUCCUUUAAGGCACCUGCUUUGGAACUUGUCAGAUCAGAUCAGUUGUGGUCCAUCUACAGUAUAGAGGCAGAAGAAGAUAUACUAGCCAUAGACACACACCUGAACUAGCUCUAACUUUUCUGAAUGUGAAUAUAUAUUACCUGUGCACUGACCAUGACACCUCAGAUGCUCCCUGUUGGCUACAUAUGUGCUUGGUGUGUCUGUGUGCAUGUGUAUGUGGAAGCGAAUGCAAGUGUGUGUGUGUGUGUGUACUGGUUUUAAAUGUUCAUUUCUGUCAGGGGAUGUGAUUGGGUGAAACUUUUAAAAAAAAAAAAAGGCAGAAAAAGGUAGGACAAGAACCUAUGGCCCUCUGUCUGUGUUCCAACUGACUGAGGAGAGAGAUCCAAGAACCUUUGAAAAAAUGGGAGCAGAAAAAGAAAAGCAAGAGAGUUUCAAAACAAUAUUAACACAGCUCAGUUAUAGAUUCAAACCUGUACAUAAGAUGUUAUAAAAAGGUGAUCAUGAUACUUUUGUAUUUUUGGAGUAAAAGCAUAAAAAAUCAGAAUGGGAAAAGCCGUUGAGAGAGGAAAUCUUGAUCCAAGUCACUGAAGGACACUGCCAGAUAACUAUAAUCUUUUUAAUGUCUUACCUGACCUUGGCGACAUACACCACCAAUCUUCAGCGGCUACCCCACCAUUACCACCACCACCACCACCACCAUCGAACAGGGAAAAGUCUAUUCUGUCGUGUCUGUGCUUCCAUUUUUGUCCAGAGGUGGUAACUUCUCUGUUCAACAUGGUUGUCUUUGUGGAGUUUCCACCUCUUUCCAAACCAUAGAGCUCUGUUCACAACCACUAAGACGCGCAAUUUGGGAUUCUUUAUUCAGCCUGCAGCUCUUCAAAUAGGUUAGGAAUCAUUUCUUUUUUCUUUGAUUUUCUUUGUUUAAUUUAGUUUUGACUAAGCAGCAAGCUUUAUUUGGACGUGACAUCUGGGGACAUACUGUUGCACUAAUCAAUAAAAAUAUGUCAACAAUUAAUACGACAACUGGGAACCACCUGUAACACCUGAUGCAAUUCUUGAGAGGUCAAGGUGGAGAGUAAAGGGAGGAGGAAAAGGAAUAAUGGGAGGAGGGAGGUAGGAGGUGGUCAAGAUGUCUGGGAUGAGGUGUCCAACCCCAUCACCAACUCAAUUCUGCCAUUUCCUUUAUUAUUGUUUCCCCUCUGUCCUUUCACAAAACAACUGAGUACUCUCUUCAUCCUCUGAAGAGAAGAGUGAGAUGUUUUUAUUUAAUUUCAUAAAAAUUAAAAAAAAUCAUUUCAUUUUUGGAGCGGGUGGGAACGUCAGGGUCCCUCACCCUCUUUUGCGCUGGUCUGCAUCAUGUUCGUUUUGCUCACUUCUGUUCAAGACCUUUCAAUUAUUAUUUUUUUGUUACUUUAACCACAUAUUUUUUACUUUUAAUGUACUGACUCUCUUUUUGGAAAAAUGAAAGUUGUUGAAUUUGAUCAAGUUUUGUUCUUUUUUAUUUGAAUGCACAGUUCUAACAAAACAGCUACUAAAUAUGACAAACUACUUAUAUGCAGCGCAGUACAUGACAGUAAGUGUGCCAAACACACGGAAAGGGGCUCAGUCCAAAAUACAGUAAAGAGCCAUUUUGAAUGACUGGACUCAGAGAAAAGGUCUAAGUUAACUAAAGUACUAUUUCAAAGUAGUGUUGUUACAAUAACUUUGAUACAAUACCUUGAAAAACAUUAGUAUGUGAUACCAUUUGUGAUAUCACAGGGAAAAACUGACAUUGAGAGCUUACAAUUUAAUAUUUGAAUUAAAAGACAAAUAUAACAAGGCUAUAACAUGACGAGGACAUUUCUUUUCUCAGUUAACAGCAGAGAACAGCAGAAUGUCGAUAAGAAAUCAAUAAAUGGAUAUUUCUGACAACACUAUUUCAGAGUAGAGAUGGCUACAUGCAAAAGGUGACUUCUCAUCUUGGAAGUGAACUCCUCUAAUCUUGUUUUGUACGUACGGUAGAGACAGUAGAGACAAUACGUGUUACUGUUGUUGUGUCUCUACAAAUGAAAAGAAAGUAAGACACAGACCAUGCUACCUACCACUCGUGCUCUGUGGCAGUAAGAAUGGCUUACGCAAAAUGAAGCCUGCAUUCUGACUGGGACAGAAAUCUUUCGUUUCAUUUACGUUUCAUCUGCUUUUACCAUCUGGAUCAUUUCUGGGCCCAAAAGUGAACCCUCUGUCCUUUUUAUGCACGUUGAACAAUAAAUUGUUUCAGCUGGAACAGAGUUUGGUGGUGUGGGAUGCAACACUGCCAAACACACAUUACAGUUGCCACAAACUAAAAUUCAAGCUUAAUCCAAGACUGUGUAAAGGACCAUAUCAGUGCAAGUUUUAUUACAGUAACUAUAAAUUGCUAUGGAAUACCGUUGACCAUAUUCUAAAAGAUGCAAUAUAUGUCCAAGCAUACCAUAUUAUUUAGAUUUGUGAAUCUCAAUUUGUUUCCUUUCAUUUCACUAUAAUAUGAAAUCAACUUUGACAGGGAAAGCUUGAGUUUGAUCUUACUUCACAGUGAACAUGGAUGGAUCGCCACCUCUCCAAAAACAUGCCUUAGUUGAUAUAAGACUUGCGUGUAGAUCACCAAACUAAUUUACAAUUAAAGGUACCAUGUAGAGCUGUUAUGUUUCCAUUUAGUGUUUCUCACCAAAAAACAUCAUUAGUAUCUGUAAAGUCUAAUGCAAGUGUUCCUAAUUCAAGCAACUUGCAACAACUGAUUGUUUUGGUAACUCUGAGGCAAGAAACACAAGCUGGAAACACGACACUGACAUAAUAUCAGCUUUCAAGAAGAUAUGGCAAACUUAUUAGAAAACAGCUGCCUUUUUACACAUCUAGCACAACAGAGCAGCAUUAGCAUUCAUUUGGAGUCAUGUGUCUGUCCACCUGCCUUUUAGUUUUGUUUUUGAUCUUCACUAAACUCCUUAUACCCUUUACUAACCAUAAUUAGAGUGUGUACGUGUUUUUUAAACAUGGGAAAACCUGCUAAAAAUAGGCAAUGGACUCCUUUCUUAUUGCCAGUAGAGAAGAGUUGUGUACACAGCUCUGCAGGAGACGAGUGUGCCUUUCUGUGUAGGUUAUUGUUGGUUUUCUUUUGGGGUUUUUUUGUUUUUUGGUGUGUCACUUUUGACGUCACUGACAGGCUGAUAAACAGGUCAGUAAACAGUAGAAAGCAGCAUGAAGGUCAACAAAAACUUUAUGGUGGUUACAUAUUUUUAUAAAUCUCUUAUUCAGUCUCUCUUUCAAACUUAGUUCAUACUUUUUUGGAUCAAUGUUUGAGUGCUACUUGGGCGGAGAUAAACAAUAUAUUGUGGUGGUGCAUUAUUGCAUCUGGCCGGUUAAGAGGCUAAAAUUAGUGCAUUCACCUGGGUGUUGUGUUUCCAUCAAUGCCGAUCGUAACCUUUUACAUCAAAAAAACAGAUUUGCUGCGUUUUUUGUGCGGUGGAAAGUGGGCUUUGGAAAAAUACGUGACUCUUGGCUGCUAAUUUCUCUGUUAUGUUUAGGUGGUGUACAGUGGGUUUUACUGCUGCCUCCUGUGGCUGAAAGUGAUGCUAUGAGCUGUGGGCCAUGAUACCAAAACAAUGACCUGAAAGACACUAAAAUGCUUCAUACAGCCAUGGGGAAUAGCUCUCUGGUGGCUCGCCAAGGGUGACCCCUUUCACAUUUGUUCAAUUGUUCAUACAGAAAUAUAGACAAGAGCAGAUUUAAACACCUACAGGCUGAAAUACAAAAGAAAUAAGUGGAAAAGCCUUGCCUUGCUUGAGAAAAUGGUCACCACUAAUGUAAAGCAUAUGCAGUAAAUGGCCGAAAAUCUCAGUGGUGUUGUCCUUUUAUAUAAAGUUUGGAAGCUUGAAGAUUCAAAGUUGUGAGUUAACUAUGUGGCCAGCUCCUUGUUUGUGGCAACAAAGUACAGCUUUGCUUUGUAGACCUGACAACAUGUAGCUAGCUCAGCCCAUACGGAAGGUAAACAACAGACAGACAGAGCUCUUGCGAGUUUGCAAUAAAGCAGUGCAAACUCCUUCUUGUUAUAUACCUCUUCCCUCAGUAGAGACGGGCAUGGAGUCUCAAGAAAUUUGUAACAAAACCAAGACCCAGCAGAGGUACACGCUACCAAGACAAAACAAACAAACCUCUUGACACAUAACUAGGAACGCUACCUCAAAACAUAAGCAAACUCAGCUAGAAGAUUGUUUCUUUUUUUUCUUUUAUGUCAAACAGACAAGAGUAAACAGUCAGUCAGACAGACAUGCAGACAGAAAGGACGGACAGCCUUUGUAACAGUCAAAAAAUUCUUUUCACUGUUCAACUUUAAUUUAUUUUUUUGUUUUUUGAAAUUGUACUUCUCCAGCUUAGAGAUGGGACUGUAAAAGUAAAUGAGUCAAAAAGGAAAAAUGUAAAAAAAAAAAAAAAGAAAAAAAGAAAAGAAAAAAAAAAGAAAAACCCCAA